AUGUCCAGUCCGCAAGAAAUCCUCUUCGAGAUCUCGGAGGAAAACCACCUUCUCAGAGGCAUAUUCUUGCCUUCUAUGCCGGAAGCAAUUAUGGGUGGGUAUCUGCGUCCGAUCUUAUUGAAACACUGGGAAGACAAAGACCCCAAUAUGAAGAUUCUUGGUCCAAUGCCUCCUGGUGUUGCAAGUAAAAUGACUUAUAUCCAGUACAUGAAGAGCAGCAAGUACUGUAUCUGCCCCAAAGGCUACGAGGUCAACAGUCCACGAGUCGUUGAAUCCAUCUUUUACGAGUGGGUUCCCAUUAUCAUCUCCGACAAUUUCGUGCCCCCGUUUUUUGAAGUUCUGGAUUGGGGAGCGUUCUUGUUAAUACUCGCGGAGAAAGACAUUCCGAACCUGAAAGACAUACUUAUGUCAAUAGGGCAAGAGAGGUAUCUCGCUUUGCAACUCGGUGUGCGGAAGGUUCAACGGCAUUUCCUCUGGCAUGCUAAGCCCGAGAGGUACGAUCUCUUCCGCAUGACACUUCAUUCGAUCUGGUAUAACAGAGUCCACCAGAUAAAACUCAGAUAG